CCCCAGGAGCUCCGGUCUGGAGGCAGAGCAAGAACCGGGCAGGAUGAAAGGCGCAGCCCUGUGCUCUUGGGCCGCUCUGCUGCUCCUCAGCCUGUGGGGGCCAGCAGGCGGGCACCCGCUGUCCAGGAAAUACACCAGCCAGGAGCUCCAGUCCCUGCAGGACCUCCUUGAGCUGCUGAAGGAGAAAAUUCAGGGGGAGGAAGGGGAGCCGCUGGAGCUGGAGAGUCUGGACUACGGGGCGGAAGACGACGACCCUAGCUGGGACCUUGCUGAGCCGGACAGCAGCCCCGCUACCCAGCUCCAGCCCCGGGAUCCCGUGGAGAGUCGGUGGAGGAACCUCCUUGCUUCUCCCAGGAGGAUGAGGCACUUCUCUGGGUGUUUUGGGAUCAGGAUCGAGAGGAUCGGCUCCCAGACAGGACUUGGGUGCAACAUCUUCAAAGCCCGUUCCUGGAAGAGGAGAUCGAGAAGCUGAAUCUAGAACUUCCCACCAGCCUCCCACGACAUUUUUGAGCCUCUUUUGUGUGGACUGGUAAAGUGGUGGGAAGCCCUCGACCCCUCCCGAGCGGAACACGUGUCACGCCUGAACAGGGGUUGGCUGGUGGAUGAAUUCGCGUUGUAUAUAUGGUUAAUUGACAGCCGUGGCGUGUAUCAAUAAAUAUUUUGUAUAAACCGCUCA